AUGGCGCAGCAAGGAGCUCAGCUGGACGGAGCUAAAUUCUGCUGUUCCAUCUGUUUGGAUCUACUGAAGGAUCCGGUGACUAUUCCCUGUGGACACAGCUACUGCAUGAGCUGUAUUAACAACUUCUGGGAUGAAGAGGAUAAGAAGGAAAUCUACAGCUGCCCUCAGUGCAGACAGACCUUCACACCGAGGCCUGUCCUGGUAAAAAACACCAUGUUAGCAGAUUUAGUGGAGGAGCUGAAGAAGACUGGACUCCAAGCUGCUGCUGCUGAUCACUGCUAUGCUGGACCUGAAGAUGUGGCCUGUGAUGUCUGCACUGGGAGGAAGCUGAAAGCCUUCAAGUCCUGUUUGACUUGUCCAGCAUCUUACUGUGAGAAACACCUCCAACCUCAUUAUGAUGCACCUCCACUAAAGAAACACAAGCUGGUCGACCCCUCAGAGAAGCUCCAAGAGAACAUCUGCUCUCGUCAUGAUGAGGUGAUGAAGAUGUUCUGCCGUACUGAUCAGCAGAUUAUCUGUUAUCUCUGCUCUGUGGAUGAACAUAAAGGCCACGACACAGUCUCAGCUGCAGCAGAAAAGACUGAGAGGCAGAGAGAGCUCGAGGUGAGUCGACUAAACAUCCAGCAGAGAAUCCAGGACAGAGAGAAAGAUGUGAAGCUGCUUCAACAGGAGGUGGAGGCCGUCAGUCGCUCUGCUGAUAAAGUAGUGGAGGACAGUGAGAAGAUCUUCACUGAACUGAUCCGUCUCCUCCAGAAAAGAAGCUCUGAUGUGAAGCAGCAGAUCAGAUCCCAGCAGGAAACUGAAGUGAGUGGAGUCAAAGAGCUUCAGGAGAAGCUGCAGCAGGAGAUCACUGAGCUGAAGAGGAAAGACGCUGAACUGAAGCAGCUUUCACAUACAGAGGAUCACAACCAGUUUCUACACAACUACCCCUCAGUGUCACAACUCAGUGAACCUACAGACUCAUCCAGCAUCAAUAUCCGUCCUCUGAGAUACUUUGAGGAUGUGACAGCAGCUGUGUCAGAGCUCAGAGAUAAACUACAGGACAUCCUGAGGGACAAAUGGACAAACAUCUCACUGGCAGUGACUGAAGUGGACGUUUUACUGUCAGAAUCAAAAUCAGAGCCCAAGACCAGAGCUGGAUUCUUAAGAUAUUCACAUGAAAUCACUCUGGAUCCAAACACAGCAAACACACACCUGUUAUUAUCUGAUGGGAACAGAAAAGCAGAACGAGUGAGUCAACAACAGUCUUAUUCUAGUCAUCCAGACAGAUUCACUGUUUGGCAGCAGGUCCUGAGUAGAGAGAGUCUGACUGGACGUUGUUACUGGGAGGUGGAGAUGAGUGGGAGAGGAGUUCGUGUAGCAGUCGCAUACAAGAAUAUCAGCAGAGCAGGACGUUCAAAUGAAAGUAUAUUUGGAUACAAUGACAAAUCUUGGGCUUUACAUUGUGGCAAUGACAGUUAUACAUUCUGGUUCAACAGCAUCUCAACUCCCAUCUCAGGUCCUGUUUCCUCCAGAGUCGGAGUGUACCUGGAUCACAGAGCAGGUAUUCUGACCUUCUACAGCGUCUCUGAAACCAUGACUCUCCUCCACAGAGUCCAGACCACAUUCACUCAGCCUCUCUAUGCUGGACUUUGGCUUUUUUAUCAUGAAGACACAGCUGAGUUGUGUAAAGCGUGUUGGGACGGAUCAGACGAGCUGAACCUGUUCCCUCAGAUGCCGGACUGUCAGGAGAUCAGAGCUCAAACUAGUAUCACUUCUCAGAAAGUGAAACUCAGACAGUCAUUGUUACUGAGAGGUGAAAUGGCGCAGCAAGGAGCUCAGCUGGACGGAGCUAAAUUCUGCUGUUCCAUCUGUUUGGAUCUACUGAAGGAUCCGGUGACUAUUCCCUGUGGACACAGCUACUGCAUGAGCUGUAUUAACAACUUCUGGGAUGAAGAGGAUAAGAAGGAAAUCUACAGCUGUCCUCAGUGCAGACAGACCUUCACACCGAGGCCUGUCCUGGUAAAAAACACUAUGUUUGCUGCUUUAUUGGAGGAGCUGAAGAAGACUGGACUCCAAGCUGCUCCUGCUGAUCACUGCUAUGCUGGACCUGAAGAUGUGGCCUGUGAUGUCUGCACUGGGAGGAAGCUGAAAGCCUUCAAGUCCUGUCUUCAGUGUCUGGUCUCUUACUGUGAGAAACACCUCCAGCCUCAUUACACUGUUGGUCAAUUUAAAAAACACAAGCUGGUGGACCCCUCGGAGAAGCUCCAGGAGAACAUCUGCUCUCGUCAUGAUGAGGUGAUGAAGAUGUUCUGCCGUACUGAUCAGCAGAUUAUCUGUUAUCUCUGCUCUGUGGAUGAACAUAAAGGUCAUGACACAGUCACAGCUGCAGCAGAAAUAACUGAGAGGCAGAGAGAGCUCGAGGUGAGUCGACUAAACAUCCAGCAGAAAAUCCAGGACAGAGAGAAAGAUGUGAAGCUGCUUCAACAGGAGGUGGAGGCCGUCAGUCGCUCUGCUGAUAAAGCAGUGGAGGACAGUGAGAAGAUCUUCACUCAGCUGAUCCGUCUCCUCCAGAAAAGAAGCUCUGAUGUGAAGCAGCAGAUCAGAUCCCAGCAGGAAACUGAAGUGAAUCGAGUCAAAGAGCUUCAGGAGAAGCUGCAGCAGGAGAUCACUGAGCUGAAGAGGAAAGACGCUGAACUGAAACAGCUCUCACACACAGAGGAUCACAACCAGUUUCUACACAACUACCCCUCAGUGUCACAACUCAGUGACCCUGCAGACUCAUCCGGCAUUGAUAUGCGUCUUCUGAGAUACUUUGAGGAUGUGACAGCAGCUGUGUCAGAGCUCAGAGAUAAACUACAGGACAUCCUGAAGGAGGAAUGGACAAACAUCUCACUGGCAGUGACUGAAGUGGACGUUUUACUGUCAGAAUCAAAAUCAGAGCCCAAGACCAGAGCUGGAUUCUUGAGAUAUUCACGUGAAAUCACUCUGGAUCCAAACACAGCACACACACAGCUGUUAUUAUCUGAUGGGAACAGAAAAGCAGAAGUAACAGGUCACCAACAGUCUUAUUCUAGUCAUCCCGAGAGAUUCACUGGAUGGCAGCAGGUCCUGAGUAGAGAGAGUCUGACUGGACGUUGUUACUGGGAGGUGGAGAGGAGCGGGACAGGAGUUCGUGUAGCAGUCGCAUACAAGAAUAUCAGCAGAACAGGAGGCUCAAAUGAAUAUAUAUUUGGAUGCAAUGACAAAUCUUGGGCUUUACAUUAUAACAGUAACAGUUAUGAAUUCUGGUUCAACAACAUUAAAACUCUCGUCUCAGGUCCUCGUUCCUCCAGAGUCGGAGUGUACCUGGAUCACAGAGCAGGUAUUCUGUCCUUCUACAGCUUCUCUGAAACCAUGACUCUCCUCCACAGAGUCCAGACCACAUUCACUCACCCUCUCUAUGCUGGAGUUUCGCUUUGUUAUCAAUAUGGAGACACAGCUGAGUUGUGUAAAGUGAAAUAG